UGUUGGAGGUACUGCUCUAAACUGUGUUGGAGAUGAGUGUUUUAGGAUUUCCUUGUACGUGAUGGCUGCUUUAACAGCUGCCAGCUUGGUUCCCUGCGGGUUCCUUUGGAGGACAUUCUUGACUGUGAAUGAGCACCUUCCCACACCCUUGGAUGCCAUUUCUGAACCACCUCCACUGUUUGAUGGAACUACAAGGUUGUACCCCAAUUAUGCAUGCCCAUUUGCACAGUGUGUGUGGAUCACCAGGAACUAUAAGGGAUUACAUGACAAGAUUAAACUAGUUCCAAUUGACCUUCAAAACAGGCCUGCUUGGUACAAAGAGAAAGUCUACAAUGUGAACAAGGUACCCGCAUUGGAACACGAUGGCAAAAUCAUUGGGGAGAGCCUUGAUUUGAUUAAAUAUGUAGACAGCAAUUUUGAAGGGCCUUCUCUUCUCCCCAAUGAUCCUGCUAAAAAAGAGUUUGCUGAGGAAUUUAUAGCCUUCAUUGAUUCCUUGAUCAACAUGACAGUGCACAAAUCAUUCAAAGGAGACACAGUCAAAGAAGCCGGUCCUGAUUUUGACCAUCUGGAGAAUGCUCUUCACAAAUUUGAUGAUGGGCCUUUCUUCCUUGGUCAUGAGUUCAGUUUAGCGGACAUAGCUUGCAUCCCGUUUGUUGAAAGUUUCCAAAUCUUAUCUUCAACCUUGUGGAAUUAUGACAUCACUACAGGAAGGCCUAAACUUGCUAGGUGGAUCGAGGAGUUAAACAAGAUCGAUGCUUAUAAGACAACAAAGGCGGAUCCCAAAGUGGCUCUUGAAUCAUAUAAGGCCUGCAUUUAGGGAUUAUAUGGCAAGAUUAAAGUAGUUCCAAUUAACCUUCAAAAUAGGCCUGCUUGGUACAAAGAGGAAGUCUACCCUGAAAACAAG